AUGGAGUUUCCUCAAGCGUUCCCUCCGCCGGCCGAUGGCGUUCGGCACCAGCAGCCGGACACGGAGGCGCUGCUGGCGGGGCGCAGCCUGGGCGCCGGCACCCUCUACAUCGCCGAGAGUCGCCUGUCUUGGUUGGAAAACUCUGGAGUUGGCUUCUCCUUGGAUUAUCCCACCAUAAGCUUACAUGCCGUCUCCAGGGACCUGAGCGCCUUCCCAAGGGAGCACUUGUAUGUCAUGGUGAACGCCAAAUUUGAAGAGGAGACAAAAGAGGCUCCCAUGGCUGAAGGGGAGGAGGAGGACGACAGCGAUGACGAUGUUGAACCGAUUGCAGAAUUCCGAUUUGUACCUAAUGACAAAUCAGCCUUGGAAGCCAUGUUUUCAGCCAUGUGUGAAUGCCAAGCUCUGCACCCAGACCCGGACGAUGACGAUUCAGACAACGAUUACGAAGGGGACGAGUACGAUGUUGAGGCCCGCGAGCUAGAACAAGGUGACAUCCCAAGCUUUUACACGUACGAAGAAGGAUUGUCACAUUUAACUGCAGAAGGUCAGGCCACGCUGGAGAGGUUAGAAGGCAUGUUAGCCCAGUCUGUCAGCACUCAGUACAACAUGGCUGGAGUGAGAACAGAGGACUCGAUAAGGGAGUUUGAAGAUGGGAUGGAGGUGGACGUAGCACCAGUAGUUGCUGGGCAGUUUGAAGAUGCAGAAGUCGAUCACUGAGGAGGACCUACGCUGCUAUUCCUCUUGUGGCACUUCCAGAAUAAGCUGUAAAACCGAAGGCAUUGCAGUGACUAUCGGGAGUUAACCUUUUUUUUAAAUGACCUAAGCUUAGACAUCUAGGUCAAUAAAUGCUUUUAGAGUUGUUUAAAACAGGGUUUGACAUUUGUGACCACUAUGGGGUUAUUUAAAAAAAACAAAAACAAAAACAAUAAAACCUCUUGCAUCUAACACUUGAAUGGGGCUAAUCGGGGUCAUUUCGUAGUAUCACAGAAUGAUUUGGGUUGGAACAUCCCAGUUAAAGAUCAUCUAGUUCCAACCCCCUUUGCCAUGGGCAGGGAUGGCAUUCAGUAGAUCAAGUUGCUCAGGACCCCAUCCCAAGCUGGCUGUGGAACACUUCCAGGGAUGGGUUCACUCUCUGAGCAACCUCUCUGGCCUUUUAAAGAAGCCUUUGUAGGAAUUCUAGGACUUGAGAAAUAAAACUGUAAGUAGAACAGAAUUUUAGAUUGUCCUGGAAUUUUCCAUAUUUUUUUACCUGUUCAUUGACUCCAUGGUGUAGAAUGGACAUAGAAGUGUGACAGCUAAAAGGAAAUAGGGUUGCCAAGGAUUAAAAGCAAAAGUAAAUUAAAAGCCCCACAAGUAACUGGCUUUAUCAUUUCAGUGCUAUCCCUUUCAUUUCUCUGAGAAGCAGAGUUUGGGCGUAGAGGAGAUGGAGUAAAGUCUGUAAUGUCCGGAGAAGGAGAACUGUUUUGUGUCUUUAUAUUAAAUGUUAACAUUGUUAAAUAAACUAAGAUUUUUGUAUCUCACAACCA